GCCACAGCAUCUAAACCGGAACUGUAUUUCAAGAGGAAAGAAGCGCUGUAUACACAUUGUCUUCACUGCCUUUACGUCUGUGUGUGAAGAAUGUCUCGUCCACGCCAGCCUCCCUUGGUGACUGGCAUCUCACCUAACGAGGGCGCGCCAUGGACCAAAGUCACUAUUCGAGGGGAGAACCUGGGAACUGGACCCAAUGAUCUCAUAGGUCUGUCUAUUUGUGGUCAUAACUGUUUGCUGACAGCAGAAUGGAUGUCUGCUAGUAAGAUAGUGUGUCGAGUGGGUCCUGCUAAAGAUGACAAGGGUGAGAUCAUCGUCACCACUAAGAGCGGAGGCAGAGGGACAUCCACAGUCUCCUUCAAACUCCUCAAACCUGAGAGGAUCGGCAUUCUGGAUCAGUCUGCGGUCUGGGUUGAUGAGUUGAAUUACUAUGACAUGAGGACCGAUCGCAACAAAGGGAUCUCUCCUCUCUCGUUGAGGCCGGCCAACCCUUUGGGCAUUGAAAUAGACAAAGGGAAAGUUCCUCUGAAGGAUCUGGAGAACAUGUUCCCUUGUAUGAGUGGAGACUUCACUAGCGAGAAUUUCUCUGCCACCUGGUAUCUUAUCGAGAACCAUUCUUCAACCAGCUUUGAGCAACUGCGUGUGGCAGUGGGAAAUCUUAAGAAACAGGCCAGUAAGAAGAAUGAGGGCAGUCUGGCCUAUGUGAAAGGAGGUCUCAGCACUUUCUUUGAGGCUCAGGAUGCUCUUGCAGCUAUCCAUCAGAAGCUUGAAUCAGACGGCACGGAGAAGGUGGAGGGCUCUAUGACCCAGCGACUGGAGAAAGUCCUUAACAGAGCAAGUGAAACUGCUGACACUCUGUUUCAAGAAGUGUUGGGCAGAAAGGAUAAGGCUGACUCCACACGCAACGCUCUCAAUGUCCUCCAGCGAUUCAAAUUUCUGUUUAACCUGCCACUCAACAUUGAACGCAACAUCCAGAAGGGCGAUUAUGAUGUUGUUAUCAAUGAUUAUGAGAAAGCCAAAUCUCUGUUUGGAAACACAGAAGUCCCAGUCUUCAAAAAAGUGUACUCAGAGGUGGAGACACGGAUAGAAGCCCUGAGAAAACUGCUUUUGGAUAAACUUCUGGAGACGCCUUCAACUCUACACGAUCAGAAACGCUAUAUCAGAUAUCUGUCGGACCUACAUGCUCCGGGUGACCCGGCGUGGCAGUGUAUAGUCGCUCAACACAAAUGGAUCCUGCAGCUGAUGCAAAACUGUAAAGAAGAUUUUAUCAAAGAGCAGAAAGUGGGUGGUGUCGGUUUAGAGAUGGAUCGGUCCUCGGCUCUGAACAGGAUCAGCCUCUCAGCUCCGGUGAAGAGAGGAGGCAGCUUCCAGACACCUAAAGACGACUCAUGGCACUAUAAGAGCCCUCAACAGGUCAGGUUUGUGGAAAAGCUCUCAGACGUGGUCAUCAGCCAGCUGCCCAACUUCUGGAAACUCUGGAUCUCUUAUGUCAACGGCAGCCUGUUCAGUGAGACAGGAGAAAAGUCUGGUCAAGUGGAGAAGUUAAAGAAGAAUGCCCGGCAAAGACAAAAUGACUUUAAGGGCAUGAUUGAGGAGGUGACUCGUCGUUUGGUGAAGUUGGUUCGAGGGGCUCUGUUACCCUCCUCGCUUACUGAGCAGCAGCUGAGACAGUAUGGAGGCUGGGACACCAAAACCCCUCUCAGUGGAGCCUGGCUCACUCAGGUCAUCCACACCGUCAGGUUAAGUCAUGAAGCUCUGUCAGCCUUAGAGAUUCCUAAUGACCUGCUGCAGGUGAUUCAGGAUUUACUGCAGGACCUGCGUGUGCACUGCCUGCUGACCACACUACAGCAUACUGAAGAGGACGUAAAGAGGCUUGCAGAAAAGGAAGACUGGGUUGUGGACAAUGAAGGAAUCACGUCACUGCCGGCCCAGUUUGAGCAGUGUAUGGUUCAGAUGCUGCAGUCUCUGAAGGAGCCCAUGGAAUGUAAACCUGGAGAGAUCAAUAUCUUGAAUUUGGAUGUGGUUCAAGACAAAGCUUGCGAACAGUGUGUUUCUAUCAUGAAGGUCUUUAUUAAAUGCCUCGAGCAGCUCAGCACCAAGACUGACGGAGACCUCAACACCUCCCAUUAUUUGACAUCUAAAUGGCUUCCUACAUGUAGGGAUGUAACGAAUCAUGAUAAAAUUCCCCCACGUUUGUCUGUGGACUUGGCCUCACCUGAUCUUUUUAAGGGCAUCCAAGAAGACUUCAGUUCAAAACCGGAGCAACGCCUCCUCAUCAUCCUCAGUAACUGUCAGUAUCUGGAGAGACACACGUUUCUCAAUCUGGCUGAGCACCUGGAGAAGAACGGCUUCACCACUGCAGAGAAGAUCAUCAGGGUCAGCAUAGAGGAAUUGAGACAUCUGGAUGAAUAUCUGUUUGAGACGUACAUCGAAAAAAAAUCUGAUCCUAUUGUCGGCUCUCUGGAGCCUGGCAUCUAUGCCGGAUACUUCGACUGGAAGGACUGCCUGCCACCUACAGGUGUGAGAAGUUACUUAAAGGAGGCUUUGGUCAGCAUUAUCUCUGUUCAUGCUGAGGUUUUCACAGUUUCCAAGGAGCUGGUUCCUCGUGUCUUGUCAAAGAUCAUAGAAGCUGUAGCUGAAGAAAUGAGCCGUCUGAUGCAGUGUGUGUCCUCCUUUAGUAAAAACGGUGCACUGCAGGCACGUCUGGAAAUCUGUGCGCUGCGAGAUGCCGUAGAUCCAUACCUAACGUCAGAGAGUCGCACUAGUUUUAAGCAGGCGUUGGAAGCUCUACCACAGCUACAGAGUGGAGCUGACAAGAAACUCUUGGAGGAGCUACUGAAUAAGUUUAAGAGUAGUAUGAAGCUACAGCUUAAUUGCUUCAAGCCUGCUUCUUUUCAGCCUGUGAAGCGAUAAGCCUUCACAAAACCCCGACAUUUCAACAACACCUCUUUGUUGUAACACUAAGACACCAUUUCAGUUUUAAAAAGCAUUAAUAACCAUUAAAAGUCAAUUUAGUGCCACUAAUAUAGCCUUUUCUGCUUGCUGUUGUUGUACUGCCUCUAUCAAGAUGCACAUCAAAAGCCAAAAUAAAUUAAUGUGCUCUUACAAAGAGUGGGUUUUUGCAAACAUUAAUGUGCAAGACAGUUGCUAGAGUAAU